AUGUUUUCAAUGUCCUUACUCGCUGCGGGCGCCCUCGCCCUGCAGACGUCUGCCUUCCUCGUUCCCUUAGAAGUAUCUCGAGACGCUGGAAUUGCUCAGAUGGACCAAGAGAUGAAACACCAAGUCGUCGAGCUAGACUGCCCACAGUGCCCCUUCGCCGGUUCUGAUGGCGAUGGCUCAGUGUGGAUUCAAGGUGAUGAUUCGGUCAAGAUUCACCUCGAACUCGACAUUACCGAUGAUGAUCAAUUCCUCCAGAUCAAUGGACAACCAGUCUAUCCCCCUCCUCGAACCCUCGUCCCAGUGGCCUUGAAGGCACCUGAAAUCCGCACCUCUGAUCAAUCUCAAUCUCAACCUCUCCGCCUCGGCUAUGCUCUGGAAGUUCUCCCCGCCAUGACCGAAGUCAGCGAUGUUGCUCUCACACCCAUCCAGCUCACAGUACUUGACCUUGAAGGUGUUUCGGUCAAUGUCGAAACCGUCAAGAUCGACCUGAUGCAAUCCUGGGGACACAUGCACAUUGCCAGGGUGACCCGUCUCCCCUAUGCCGAGUCACCAGGCGCCAAUGUAUGCACCACCUCCAUCUGCCGUCUUCGAGCCAUCAUAGCCAGCCGUCUUCGAAAGAUGGUUCAGUCCGCAAAAGCCCACGCCGGCCAAGCCAAGACCUGGAUCAAGAACACCUGCUCCGGCUGGAAACACCCCAAGGCAGAUGCUGAGCACAAAGACCACGUGAAUGCCGAGCACAUCGAAAACAUGAAUGCCGAGCCCAAAGAUUGCAUGAAACCACACCGUCGUCUGCAUCACGGACAUCACGGACAUGGCCGCUUCCGCCAUUUCGUCGAGCAGACGGUCCACUUCUUCGUUCUACCCGCCAUCUUCGGCGUCAUUGGUGGCCUUCUCGCAUGUGCCCUUGGCAUGCUGGUUGGCCAAGCUCUGGCAUCUUUGUUGAACCGUCGUUCAAGACGCGAUCAUGUCUCCCAGAUCAGCGAAACUGUAGUUGAGGCCGAUGAAAAAGAUGCGUUGAUGGAGAGUGGAGAGAUGCCUCCCCAGUAUGAGCAUGUCGAUAUUGUCGUGGUUGAGCAGAAGUAA